AUGGAAACUCUCUGUGGCAAUGAAAGCAAGUGGCAUACAGACCCUGAAAAUCCUAUGCUGGGUAAAGAUGGUAAACUGCAUGAUGCUGCCGAUAAACCGGACCAGUUUGUCUACAGUCCUUCAGUCCUCCUGCCAAACCAUAUCUCCAAUUCUGAGGGCUAUGACCCAGAUGAUGACUUGCCUGCUUCUUUUCGGAUGGCCCAGAGACCCAAAUGGAUUAUCAAGCAUAUCACUUGGGAAAAUCCAAUUGAAGCAUUCAAACAGCAAAAACUUGCUGCAAAGGGAAAAAAUUGGCUUGGUGAAGCAUGGAGCAGAGACCUGGCCAUCAAUGCUUCUCUGCAAACCCUGCCAAAGAAUAGGGCUCAGGUGAACAAGCCUAGCAACCCAAAACGGCAUGUGAAGAUGGCCGGGAUCAUCAAUGUUCCAACAUCCUCCCAGGAAUCUUCGGCAUCAGACAGAGUCAGCUGGGAAUAA